CGAAUAAUAAACGCAGAUUAAAAUGAAUGUAGAGUGAGGACUAGUGCCGAGAGAUUAGUUCGGAUGAAUCCAACGUGAUAGCGCUGAGAUCCAGUAAAAAUGUUGCAAAAAACGAGAGCACCAACUUGGAAAUUGUUUUGUUAGUGGCGUAUAACUGAGAAGAUUCAGAUUUGGCACAGUGCCUGGGUAACUAUUAAAAUAGACUUCGGAAGUUUUCUUCGUUUAGGUACAUCUUAACGCCGCGAUGGCUGCCCAUUCUGUCUUAAAAUAUGUUCGACCAAGAAGUAUCGUGCCGCAGUUAUGUCGGUGCACUUCUACUUUGUCUGCCUUUGAAAUUCAACACAAAACUCCCACGAUCAAGAAAGUGAUGCCCAUACCAAAGGCUCAUUACGGUGGACGUCAUACCGUCACCCUUUUACCCGGUGCUGGCAUUGGCCCUGAGCUCAUGGGAUACGUCAAGGAGGUUUUCCGAUAUGCUGGAGUACCGGUAGACUUUGAAGACAUAGAUAUUGAUCCAAAUGCAGACAAUAAUGAUGAUUUGGAUUAUGCAAUCACUUCCAUCCGUAGGAAUGGCGUAGCCCUAAAAGGAAAUAUCGAAACCCGAAGCACAGAGGCAGGUGUUCUCUCAAGGAAUGUUGCUCUCCGUAAUCAGCUGGAUCUUUAUGUAAACGUUUUGCAUUGCGUUUCCUAUGCUGGAGUGAAAUCUCGUCAGAAGAAUAUCGAUAUCGUGAUUGUACGUCAAAAUACAGAGGGUGAAUAUGCCAUGUUGGAGCACGAGAGUGUCGAUGGAGUAGUAGAGAGCAUGAAGGUUAUUACGCGGUCAAAUUCUGAACGCGUGGCUCGUUACGCAUUCGAAUAUGCUAAGCGUCAUGGUAGGAAAAAGGUGACAACUGUUCACAAAGCCAACAUCAUGAAACUGUCCGAUGGACUCUUUUUGGAGACUUCGCGUGCAGUAGCCAAGGAUUAUCCAGACAUUCAGCACAAUGAUAUGAUCAUUGACAACACUUGCAUGCAGCUGGUGUCUAAUCCCCACCAAUUUGAUGUGGUAUUGACGACAAACUUGUAUGGCUCCAUUGUGUCGAACGUCAUUUGCGGAUUGUUAGGCGGUGCUGGAUUGCUCUCCGGAAAGAAUUACGGCAAUCAUUACACAAUAUUCGAACCAGGCACACGUAACACUGGUACUGGUAUUGCUGGCAAGAACAUCGCAAAUCCCAUUGCAAUGUUAAAUGCCGCUGUUGACAUGUUGCGCCAUCUGGGACACAAGAAACACGCUGUGCUCCUUCAGGAUGCCAUCAACAAGACGAUCAAUAAGGGCGUCCAUACGCGUGAUCUUGGUGGACAAGCUACUAGUAGGGAAGUGGUUGACAGUAUUUUGAAGUACAUUAAGAUCGCUUAUAAUUAAAGACUGAAGGAAACUUUGCCCUAUUUAAAAUCACAACUAUAUACGCCUGUUAAUUAACGCGAAGUUUCUUGUUCGUGUUAAUUGACUAUUGUACUUUGUCACGAUUUUUAAAUUCGCAGGGCAUUUACCUUUUGGAUCGCUUUUACUUAUUUGAUCGUGUAUUUGAAGCCAAAGGUUGUAAGUGCCAUUUCAAAUAGGGUCAUCAUUAUUCAGACUUUUUUCGCACAAGUAAACGUGCCACGAACAGUAGUACGUGUAUUCGAAAAUCAUAAUCACUGUCCAAGUACAGCAGUUCUAUGGGAUACAGUGACUUGCUGGACAAUGACACUGCAGUUCAAUACACUUUGUAACAUAUGCAUUGUAAGUAUUACCGUUAGUGUAAGUAAGUUAUCGAUUGUAAUUAUUGAUUGUAGAUAACGAGUGCAGGAUGAUCUACCGAGAUCUUUAUUUGUAUCUCGAAAACCAUGUAAAUUAAAUUCUGUGGGAAAUUUGUCA